AUGGAUGCUAAUGUCAUAUCAGACAUUGUUCAAAAUGAGAAUUUCUAUACAAUCUCUCAAGUUGCUGUGGCGAGCAAUGCAAUAACAAAUGAUAAUGAAGCUGAUGCAAAUGAAGCAUUUGAAGAAGAUGGCAUAGGAGAAGAAGAUGAUGAAGACGCUUUUGACAACAACUUUCAAGUUCCUUCAACUUUAACUAUUAUAGAAGAAAUGAAUAUGACCACCGACAACAAUUGGAUUGUGACACAAUUAGAGAGCAAAAAUGAUUUUACACAAGAGUUAGGGAAAGAUUAUUUCAAGGAUAAAGAAGAACUUAUUAGAGCUAUAAAGCUUUAUAGUAUUAGGACACAUAAACAGUUUGAGGUUGUUGAGACACGUCUAACUCUAUGGACCAUAAGAUGCAAGUUACAUCUACAAUCCGGUUGCAAAUGGCAAGUUCGUGCAAUCAAACGAAAACGAAGUGUAUAUUUUGAAAUUACAAAGUACACGGGUCCACAUACUUGUUUACACAACAAUAUUUCGCAAGACCAUCCAAAUCUAGAUGGAAGUUUGAUAUCCCAGGAAACCAAACAUCUUAUUAAAGAGCAACCUUCAAUUAGUAUUCCUGCUUUGAGAGCCGAAAUGGUCGAUACAUUAGGUUAUAUUCCUUCAUACAAAAAGGUUUGGACCGGAAAACAGAAAGCGAUUGAACAAAUGUUUGGCAAUUGGGAAGAAUCUUAUUCUGCUUUACCCAAAUUUCUAUGCGCAGUUCAAAAGUUCAAUCCGGGGACUAUAUUCGAGUGGUUAGUUUCGAGCUCAACCAAUGAAGAACCCAUGGAAUUUAGACGUGCUUUUGGGCUUUUGCCCCUUCUAUUAAGGGGUUUGUACAUUGUCGGCCAGUGA